AUCCUCAGUUUCUCAGUGCGAUGCAUUUCUGUUUGUCUCUUUGAGGCUCCAAUAACGCUGGUUAAACGUCAACAUCAAGACUCGGACUUUUGGAUAGACUCCCCAAAUCUACCUGCACCUUCCAUCUACCGUCUGCCAUCGGUCACCCUCAUGCAUCCUUUGCGCCCUAAGCCUCUACCAUGUCAUCCACCCCGAAAAAGUCUCCUCUCCGUCUGAAACCCUUAACCCUCUGGAUACCGCCAAGAUCUAUUAUGCCUUUAAUCAAUGGUUUAUUCCGACGGGAUAGCCAUAUCUACGACGCUAAUGACUCUAAUGCUGCACUUGGCAGUCUAGUUCUCACUCCCGGCGUUACAAAUGCCAACCUCUGCUUAAUAACGAAGACUGUCUCUAUAUGUACAAGCACUUUCUAUCUGCAAGAUGAGCAUCAGUCAAGGAUUGGGAAAGACAAUCGGGUUCAACCUGGAAAGCACUACAUUGUUGCUGGCAGUCUGGCUUUAUAAUCGCCCUUGAUGCGUAGUUACAAAGCUAAUUUGGAAGUAGAUUCUUUCGAUAUAAACAACUAGUCAUGCCUCACCUGACUGAUUUCUUUGGGGCUCUCCCUUCACGAGAUCGUCGAUGCGUCAUAUCUAAGGCAACUGUAAUUACGCUUGGUGGAAUUGACGUUUGGGGUCACCUUGAAACCGCACACAACUUCCCAUUAGCCUAGGAACAUCAUUGGAUUGAUUUACAAUUCAGCCAGCUGGACGUGGCUCUACUAGCUUUUGUUUAGAAUGGGAAGUUGCUUGAUUUCAUCAUUCACCAGGUAUUUAAU